GGACAACUUUAACAACAAUCGUGGAGAGAGAAACACUUCACAGCACAGCUUCUUCCAGAUUUUAGAGAGAGAAAACUAACAAACAAACAAACCAAAACAAAAAGAAAGAAACUUGCUUCAAAUGAAUUGGGAUUCAAGACCUAGAUUAGUGAGAAACAGAUUUUGAGCAAGUUUUCAUCGAAAUUCCUCCGUAUCAUUUUUGGAAAAAAUGUCUUUUUUUAAUUUUGUAAAGGGUCAACUAUAAAGCUUCUUUACUUGGAAAUUGAAACUGGGUUACUUUGAAUUUGGUCAUGAAUUUCGUAGGAAAUUUCUGCACCAAAUACCCAAUUGAAGUUUUGAGAUUGGGACCUAAUUUCCCAUUUAUUUUCUUACCAAUUUUUGGGUUUCUACAAAAACCCCUAAUUAAUUAGGGUUUUGGGUAUUCAAUAUGACCCUUUAAUUUUUCUGGGUUUCCUUUUAAUUUGACAGAUUUCAUCUUAAUUUUUUAAAUUUUAAUUUUUUUGGGGUUUUGGGUUUUAGCUUAAAUGGAUGGAAAUGAAGCAGCUUUGCAUACUGCUAUUAAUGCAAUUGAAGCUUUAGGAAGAGGUUUUGAUUUGAACUUUGAUACGAGGUUGUUGUAUUGCAAAGGAAUUGCUGGGUCUAGGAUUCUCCAAAUUGAUGAAGAACCCACUUGGGAUUUAAGGUUGUCUAAUCAUAUGAUUAUCCCUAAUGUUCCUAGGUCUAUCAAAACUGAACACUUCCACGAAGGUCGGGAGAGUUUUAGUGUUUGCUCUUAUGAUGAGAUGGUGAAGCACUUUAAUAAAAAAGCUGAGCUAAUGGCUGACAUUCCUCUUGGAAGUUUCAAUUCUGCAUUUAAUUUUACUGGUUCGAAGCACAUUGAUGCAGCAUCCACUAAAUCCUUAUCAGUGGAAGGGUGUGUCAUCCCACUUGCCAAAUUUCAGCUUGCUAAGUCUUCAUGGGUUCUACAGGAGAAUGUCAUCAGGGCUAUCCCUACUUCAUGGGAUCCGCCUUCAUUAGCUAGUUUUAUUGAAAACUUUGGGACACAUGUUAUUACAUCCAUUACCAUCGGUGGUAAAGACGUAAUAUAUGUUAAACAGCAUCAAUCAUCACCUUUAUCUGCCAUGGAAAUGAAGAACUAUGUUCAAGAGAUUGGAAACCAGAGGUUUAUGCAAACAGACCCUCGUACAAGUUCAGGUCCAAUUAGAGUAAAGGAUAAGGUUGGUGAUUCAAGCUUGUUCAACAGCCAAGGAAUAUAUCCGCAACCGACAAAUGUUCCAUCUCUUAAUGGAAAAGAAGAUAUCACUGUCAUUUUUAGGCGGAGGGGAGGUGAUGAUCUGGAGCAAAGUCACAAACAAUGGCUUAUGACUGUGCAUUCUUUUCCAGACAUCAUUGAGAUGGCCUUUGUCCCGAUAACUGAUCUGAUUAAAGAUUUAGCAAGAAAAGAACACCUCAGCCGAGCAAUUAAUCUCUAUCUGGAAUACAAACCUCCGAUUGAGGAGUUAAGAUAUUUCUUGGAGUUUCAAAUACCUCGGGUAUGGGCCCCUAUGCACGAUAGGCAUCCCGGUCAUCAACGAAAGGAACCUGUGUGUCCAUCUUUGCAGUUCAGUUUAAUGGGGCAGAAGCUUUAUGUUAGCCAAGAGCAGGUUUCUGUUGGGCGUAAACCUGUAACCGGACUAAGAUUAUUUUUAGAUGGAGCCAAGCAGAACCGAUUAUGUAUACAUCUUCAGCACCUGUCAUCUCUCCCAAAAAUCAUGGUUCCAUAUUGGGACUCUCAUGUAGCGAUUGGUGCACCCAAAUGGCGUGGACCUGAGGAACAAGAUAGUCGGUGGUUUGAACCUGUGAAAUGGAAGAACUUUUCUCAUGUGAGUACUGCCCCCAUUGAGAGCCCUGAGACUUUUGCUGGAGAGCUUUCUGGAGUCCACAUUGUCACAGGAGCUCAGCUCGGAGUGUGGGAUUUCGGUUCAAGAAAUGUCUUGUACAUGAAACUCCUUUACUCUAGGCUUCCAGAAUGCACUAUAAGGAGGUCAUUGUGGGAUCAUUCUCCAGCAGAAAAACCCAAGAAAUCGGGUGGCUCAGAAAGCACUUCUGGUGUGACAAGUUCAGGCUCAUCAGAAACUGUCAACGGCAACAAGUUGGUGAAAUUCGUAGACAUGUCAGAAAUGACGAAGGGCCCAGAAGAUCUCCCUGGUCAUUGGUUGGUAACGGGUGGAAAACUGGGUAUUGAGAAAGGGAAGAUUGUUUUGAGAGUGAAAUAUUCAUUGUUGAAUUAUUAAGGAGUUUUAGUUUCAUGUUUUUGUGCAGUUGUGCGUCUAGUUUGAUGUUUAAUGCAAGUGAAUUGGUUUAAGUAGCUGUGUAAUUUGUCGUCUGGCUAUUGGGGGAUUGAUAAAUGUGCAUUUUUUCCAAUUUUGGUGUUAGUUAUCUAUUCAGGUACCAUUGUAAAGUUUGUAGAUAAUGCUAAUUUUGCUUGUAUAAGUUACCUUAAAAAUGAUGUUCAAGUUUCCUAAAAGCUCCUAAGUUCCCUGGCCAUUGAA